AUGGCUGCUCUUGAAAACGAUAGAGUUGUUAUCCAAGGAAUUUCAUGUGUUCAUGCGUUGACAACUAUACGGAAGAGGUGUGAUAGGCCAGAACCUUAUGUGCACCCUUGGCUCAAAAUUGAUGCAUUUAGAGCCAUAUAUGAACAUGUAAUCAGACCAGUCAACUCAGAGGAGUAUUGGAAAAAGACUGGUCUCUUGGCUCCAAAUCCACCUACCAUUAAGAGACCACCUGGGCGCCCAACCAAGAAAAAGAGAAAACCUGAUCAUGUCGAGGAUUCACUAGAUGCGACAAAAGGAAGAAGGACAUUCAUGGUCACUUGCCAAAAAUAUGGUCAGAGUGGUCACAAUGCAAAGACAUGCAAAGGACCACCAAGGCCUAAACCACCCCCCAAAGAUUAA